CCGGAGGAGGAAGGAAGCAGAGAUGAAUGGUGACAAGGUCCGCUUCUGCAGAGACAACCAGUCUGUCUCCCUGCACCCCCACGGUGAGGACACUGGGGGCUCAGCCGCCCUCAGUCAGGCACUGGCUUGCUUGUCCCCCAGCCCUCCGUCAUUUUCUCAGCACCCACUUGGCAGCCCAGAGCUCCCUAAGCUCAUCACUAUGUCAGCCUCCAGAACAAACAGGCAAGGGCAGAAGGCCUGAACUCCUCGGCAACGGCUCCAGCAGCCCCCAAGAUGUCAAGGCUUGUUCUGGCCAGCCUGGUCUUUAUGGUCGUGAUCAUUGCCACCUCUCUGAUGGCUCUCUUUGUUGUGGUCCUACAGAAACCAAGACCUGCACCGGAGGCCUAUGCCUACUCCCAAGGGCUUCUGGGAGACAACAGCACCUGGCAGUUACCUGUGGAACCUAGCAAUCCCCACCGCUUUGGGGUGGCAGAGUUACAAGAGACCCUCCAGAUGUUUAAAGACCACGUGGAGAACUCCAGCACCUGGACCAUGGAGAUCCAGAUGUUGAUGUGCAGAGUGGACAAUGUCAGUUCUCAGAUCCAGAUGCUCGGUGGUCAUCUGAAAAAUGCCAGUGCUGACAUCCAGAUGGUAAAAGGCGUUCAAAAAGAUGCCAGUACCUUGAGUUUCCAGGCCCAGAUGUUAAAAAGCUCCUUGGACAGGGCCAGUGCUGAGAUCCAGAGGCAAAAGGGAGAUCUGGAAAAGGCAAAUGCUUUAAAUUCCCAGGCCCAGAGUUUCUUAAAAACCAGUUUAGAAAACACCAGCUUUGAGCUCAACAUGUUAAGCACAGGUUUAGAAAAUGCCAACACUGAAAUUCAGGCGUUGAAGGCAGGGUUGGAAAUGGCAAAUGCCCAGGCCCAAUUGGCAAACAAUAGUUUAAAGAAUGCUAAUGCUCAGAUCCUUACUCUAAGAGGCAAUCUGGAGAGUGUCCAUCAUUUAAGGGACCAGAAUCAGGUGUUAAGUGAUAGUUUGGAAAGAACCAAUGCUGAGAUUCAGAAGCUCAAGGGAAGCCUGCAAAAUGCAAGAGAGUUAAACUCCCAGACCCAGACCCUUAUAAAAGGCAGUUUAGACAACACCACCGCUGAGGUCCAGUCAUUAAGAGGUCGCUUGGAAAGGGCUGGCAAUGAGAUUCACUUGUUAAAAAGAGAUUUGGGAACUGCCACUACCCAGACCCAGAUAGCAAACGGUCGCCUAGAGCAGACCAGUGCUCAGAUCCAAGGAUUGAAAACAGAACUGGAAAACACCAACGCCUUACAUUCCAAUAUUCAGGUGUUAAACGAUCAGUUGGAAAAUGCCGGCAGGGAGAUACAGAUCCUAAAACAAGGAAUGAAGGAUGCUGAGGCCCUGAACGCCAAGACCCGGAUGCUAGAGAGCAAGCUGCAGGAGGCCAAUGUCGAGGUUCAGAGGUUGACAGGGGAGGUAGCGAGCACUAAAGCACUAACUGCGAAAGUCCAGGAGCAGCAGCGUAGCCUGGAGACCCUCCGUGCAGCCUUCGCUUCGCAGGAGCAGCUACAGAAAUCCCAAAAUGAACUUCUCCAGUUGAUCCUGCAAGGCUGGAAGGUCUACAACAGGAACAUGUAUUACUUUUCUCACGUCAAGAAGUCUUGGCAGGAGGCUGAGAAGUCCUGUGUGUCCCAGGGAGCCCACUUGGCCUCCGUGACCUCUGCAGAGGAGCAGGCAUAUCUGACGGAGUUCACACGGUUCUCCGACUACUGGAUUGGCCUCAACGACAGGGGCACGGAGGGCUUUUGGCGCUGGAUUGAUGGGACGCCAUUCAGUAAUGCUAGGAACAGAGUGUUUUGGAACGAUAAUCAGCCAGACAACUGGCAGCACGGGAAUGGGCAGGAUGAAGAUUGUGUACAUGUUCAGCAGAAGUGGAAUGACAACAACUGCAAUGCCCUCUAUCAGUGGAUCUGCAAGAAGCCCCUCAGCCAGGGUGUGGCCUGAAGUAAGCCAGAGCUUCGGGCUCCCUGCCCCUGCCAGCUCUGCACCCUUCCCACCAUGAUGUCCUGUUGAGCCUCUGAACCCAGCUUGCUCUCUGGGGCCUUCCAUUUGGCCUUUUGUGUUUCCUGCCCUGUCCUUUUAUCUAACCCUUCACGCGUGCUUACCUCGUAGGACCCUAUGGGGUGAACAGCUUCUCAAGGCAAGAGCCUUGCUGUGCUUCUGUAUCCGCUGCAGCAACCAGCGCAGGCCUGUCCGACGGCAGGUCUUCAAUAAACACUGUGGAUGAGCAGAAGCUUCGUACUUGUCUCUGCGACAGCCGCCACACGCUCUUCUCCUGGGAUCGGUUCUCCUUCCCCGGUGUCCCUUCUCCUGAAACAAGUCAUGGCCACCCCAGGUGUCCCCUGCAUUUCCUUUGCAGCAGAUGACCUGGGCUGGAUCUUUCCAGGCCCUUAAACCACUGGAAAACCUUCUUUCUCUCCGGUGGCUGGUCUUGUCUUGUCUUCAGACUGUUACACUCUCUGGCUUUGGCCUCGUCUUGGGACCCCAUCCCCCCUUCCUGGGACUCAGCUUUCUGCCAGCUCAGCUCAGAAUAAGAAUUUCUGAGCAGUUCUUUGCCCUGCCUUGUGGUGUCCCCCCACCCUAUGCAUGCAGAGGGAACCUUAACAUUCCUGGAGUGCUUUCACUGCACAGCUCCCUCCCCUUUGUACUCCUUCCCAGAUUCAAGCACUCUCUGUCUCCCCAAACUCCCACUUUCCUCUCUCCAGCUUAGUGAGACUGUCAUGACCCUGUGGGCCCUCUUCCCUGCACUGUGGUCUGAAAAGAGUGUCAAGGAAGGACCCUGGGGUGCUGUGGGCCCAUCCGGUCUGC